UGUGAAACUGCUUAGCUCAGGCAAACCAGCAACCAUGAGUUGCAAUAACUUUUCUACCAUGAGAUUUCUUUAGUACUGUCUGUCAAGUUGUCGUGUUUGCAGAGCUAUCUCCACUUGAUACAUUAUCAAUGCUGAAGUCAAUGAGCAAUUACUUGAUGACAAAGCAUGCAUUAACACUUAACAAUCCUGAACCUUUAAUUCAGCCUCAGGCGAGAUGGAAAGGAAUGGCACUGUUGCUAAAGCACUUCUUGGGAACUCAGAAGAUCUGGGGUCACUUCCCAGCUCUUCCAGGCAUGUUUUGCGGCUACGAAGAACUGGAAAGACAACUGAAAGAAGUUUUUAAGGAAAGAAGCAACAUCCUCCGUCAACUGUCAAAGACAUCAAAAGAACUUGAGGGAAUUAAAGUAAAUCUCCAGUCUUUGAAAAAUGAUGAGGCAUCUGCCAAAAGUGAUGUGCAUAAACUUCUGGAACUGGGCCAAAAACAAAGGGAAGAAAUGAAAUCUCUCCAGGAGGCCUUUCAAAAGCAGCUUAAUGAGGCAGCUGAGAAAGCAGAAAAGCAGCAGGCAACUAUAAAUUUUCUGAAGACAGAAAUGGAGAGGAAGAGCAAAAUGAUCAGAGACCUCCAGAAUGAGAACAAAAGCCUGAAAAACAAACUUCUGUCAGGAAACAAGCUUUGUGGUAUUCAUGCAGAAGAGUCAAAAAAGAUUCAAGCCCAGCUGAAGGAGCUUCGCUAUGGGAAAAAGGAUUUGAUUUUUAAGAGCAGAGCUAAUGGACAGAGAGACCUAAGACAGGCAGUAAUGGAUGCAGUAAGUUCAUCUAUCAGAAUAUCUUCUUUCAUGGCACAACAGCUAACAGAUCUGGAGCAAAAACUUGCAGUUGCAAAAGAUGAACUAGAAAAGGCAGCCCUUGACAAAGAGUCUCAACUGAAAGCUUUGAAGGAGACUGUCCAACUCUGCUUGUCUUCUGUUCUUCACAAUCAACCUCCAGCUAUGAAUAUAAUCCAUCCAAAACCAACUGAGAGGCUGACAUCCCCAGUUACAAAUGGCUCAAAAGUUCCAUUUCAAGCAACAAACACUAAGCAAAGUGCAUCCACAGAGAAAGAGACCCUUCAAGUUGCCUCAGCAAAAGAAGGAAACCAAAGCAUCCAGGAGUGUGAUUCUCAGAACGUUGGCAAGAAGUGUUUGGGGACCCGUAAUAAUUCAACAUCUCACCUGAAGAUGGCAGAAACAGAUCCUAGCUUUCAGAAGUUGCGCAACCCUCCUUGGACUAAUCCUGAAGCUAAAAAAUCAGCUGAGAGAAAUGAGAAGUCUGAAGACUUGGUUAAUACAAAAGAAAAAGCACUGUAAAAAUGUCUAAGCUAUAUUUAAAAUAAUCUUCAUUUGCUAUUGUCUUCAUAUUCUUUUUAGUCCGAAGGCAUGAAAAUGUACCAGGUUUCUAAAGCAUGCAACUUUUUUCACUAUUUUAUGAAUGUUUGUAAAUUAGUCUAGGAGGUUUCAGAAAUAGAUCAAUUAGUAUCUUUCAGCAAUAAUCCAAAAUGGAUGUUCAAAGAAAUGCUUUGUAAUACAGUCCAGUUUUUUGAAACUUUAUUCUGCUUUGAUCAGUAACUUGCUUAUUAUAAAUUAGUUUGUUUUGUAAAGAAA